AUGGGAGACCAGAGAUGGGACAGGAAGUAGGAGUCAGAGGUUAACAAGGAGAGCCCAGGAUGUCUGUUCCUCCAGACAACAGCCCUGAAGACGCCCACAACCAAAGCUUCUGGAUGCCUGGGAACUACCACUCCACAGUGAAGAGGACGGAGGAUGCCUUCCAGGCGUGUAACGACAUCGUGGCGUGUUUCCAGGAGAGGGCGCGUGUGGAGAGACAGUACGCCCAGCAGCUCAGCGAGUGGAGCAGCAAGUGGAAGCCCCUGGUGGACACUAGCCCCCUGUACGGCUCCCUGCUGAAGGCCUGGCAGUGCUUCCUGUCGUCGGCAGACCGCCUGGCCGCGCUCCACUCCUCCGUGUGCCGGUCGCUGGUCUCAGAGGACGGAGUCCGUGUCCAGACCUGGCAGAAGGAAUCCUUCCACAAGAAGAUCUUCGGGGGCUUCAAGGAGUCCCAGGACUUCGACACGGGCUUCGCUCGUGCUAGAAGCCCUGGGGCCAAGCGACUGAAGAAGCUGGACAAGGCCAGGAGUGCGUACCACAAGGCCAGCAGGAAGGAGUUUGCAGCCAUGGAACGGGAGACGCACGCUAAAGGCAACCCGGACGUGGCAAUCGAGAAGCAGAGGAGGAUCCAGAGGAGCGUGAGCCUGGUGAGCCAGGAGGCUGAGAAGGUGCGUGGGCGGUACGAGAAGGUUCUGGAGGAAGUGACUCGCUACGCUCCUAGAUACAUGGAGGAGAUGGAAUGCAUCUUC